AUGAAGCUCAUACUGUCAACCUCGAAUAUCAUGACCACCGGGCCUUCGGUGCUUCGCUUCCAAACCACAAAAUCAAACGUCGAGCUCAUCAACUCGCUGAAGUUUAAUUUUCAAGCAGCGCAACAAAGCCUACUGCAAGAGGGACAAGCCAGCGCAGUUUCUGAUACGGCAUCUUGGACAAAGCGUGAACACGAUACACUCUACAUCCCCGCAACCGACUUCGCGCAUUCCGGGUUGUCGGAGGAAAGGAACCAGUACGAUAUCACAGUCAAGUUAUUCUACCUUCCGGGAAUCCCAGCAUCAAGAAGACAGACACAUACACGGGAUGCAAUUGAUCUAGUACUUAAGGAGCUACACGUUGAAUCGAUUGAUCUUUUGAUUGUCUCAUUUCCCGGUGUUUCCUUCGACGCUGAGGACGAAGAGCCCGAAGUAGAUGACGACGAGGUCUCAAGAGCUGGCAGUGAAAGCAAAUCCGGAAGCGACAGCACAGAACAAGCCGGUGACUUUGAAGGCAUGGUGAAAACAUGGCAUGCGCUAGAAUCCCUGGUUGAAAAUGGCAAGAUAGCACAACUCGGCGUCGCCGAGUUUAGUACCGAACGGCUAGCUAGGUUUCUUCAGCAUACUAAGAUCAGGCCAUCUGUUGAUCAGAUCAAUGUCAAGGAUUGCUGCGUCGUUCCAAAGUCACUGAUCUUGUAUGCAAAAGAACAGAAAGUUCGACUCCUCACACAUAAUGACUGCACAAAUAUCCUACCUCCGGGCACAACGCGAGAUCUUUUGGGGUCAGGUGAUGAUAGUGCUGGGAUCCUGGCAUCGACACCUGGCGCUGUAGAUUAUCUACAAGGGGAUAUUGAGCCGCAGUGGGUAGUGAAAUAUACUGCCGUGGUGAAAGAUCGAGGUGUUAUUGAGAAUAAGGGUUACUUUGCACUCGCAGAGGUUGGAAGCUGCAUUCGGACUGAUGACCGACUAUGA